GUCACUCCUCGGAGCGCCCUUUCCGAGUCGGCCAGCUGGCACUCCAUGUCCAAAUUCCUGGACAUUCUCCUGCACAACACCACAUCCGAAUUUUCACCUCUGGCAUCCAAGUUGCUGCCCACUCCGCCUGGGACACCAUGCACACACGUGCCGUUUCGA